AUGCCUCAGGAACAGUACACACACCACCGGAGCACCAUGCCCAGCUCCGAGGGGCCACAGGUCUACAAGGUGGGGAUUUACGGCUGGCGGAAAAGAUGCCUCUAUUUCUUUGUCCUGCUCCUCAUGAUUUUGAUACUGGUGAACUUGGCCAUGACCAUCUGGAUUCUCAAAGUGAUGAACUUCACAAUCGAUGGAAUGGGAAAUUUGAGAAUCACAGAAAAAGGUCUAAAGCUAGAAGGAGACUCAGAAUUCUUACAACCUCUCUACGCCAAAGAAAUCCAGUCCCGACCGGGUAAUGCCCUCUACUUCAAAUCUGCCAGAAACGUGACAGUGAACAUUCUCAAUGAUCAGACUAAAGUGCUUACUCAGCUGAUCACAGGUCCAAAAGCUGUAGAAGCUUACGGCAAAAAGUUUGAAGUAAAAACUGUUUCUGGGAAAUUGCUCUUCUCUGCAGAUGACAAUGAGGUGGUAGUAGGAGCUGAGAGAUUAAGAGUUUUAGGAGCUGAGGGCACAGUCUUCCCUAAAUCCAUAGAAACACCUAACGUCAGGGCAGACCCCUUCAAGGAACUAAGGUUGGAGUCUCCAACCCGUUCUCUGGUGAUGGAGGCCCCAAAAGGAGUCGAAAUAAAUGCAGAAGCCGGCAAUAUGGAAGCCACGUGCAGAACAGAGCUGAGGCUGGAAUCCAAAGAUGGAGAGAUUAGGUUAGAUGCUGCGAAAAUCAAACUACCUAGACUGCCUCAUGGAUCCUACACGCCCACAGGAACGAGGCAGAAGGUCUUCGAGAUCUGCGUCUGCGCCAAUGGGAGAUUAUUCCUGUCCCAGGCGGGAACUGGUUCCACUUGUCAGAUAAACACAAGUGUCUGCCUUUGAAAGACUAUCCACAGUGGACCUUGUCGGCAGCAUAAAGGCCUUUUUUUUGGCUUUAGACACUGGCUGCCAGCUAUUUUUACUAGAACACAGAAAGCCUAUCAAAGACCUUGUGUGCGUGUGCGUGUGUGAACGCGUGUGCAUGGGUGAGUGUAUGUGUACACGUGAGAGUGUUUGCCUGUGUGAGUGGAUAUAAAUAUAUAUAAAUAAAUAUAAAUAAAUAUAUAUAUAUCCUCUGUAUAAAAUGAGGUUUCAGUACAAAAGGAACCAUGGGUGACCCUGUGAUAUCCACUGUCAUUUUCCAUCCCAUCCCCACCACCUACAUGUCAGAAAUCAAAACACUCCUUCAGGCCCAACAUCCCCGAGACCAUUCAACGUCACAUAGUGGAUUGAACACUUGAAUAUGCAUCAACAUGUUCAAGUGACAGCAUAUCUUCUUUUUUUACAUCAUUACAGGCAGCGAUGGCGGGAAUCUCCAAGUCUCACUCAAGUGCUGAGAUCCUUGUAUGAAGCCCACACACCUUGGACUUAGGAGGGGGGGGUUAUGGCUCAGUGGUACAGUGAGAAUUUAGCAAGUGCAAGGUCCUGGGUUCCAUCCCCAGCACCAGCUCCCCGCCAACACCAAAAAAAAUAGAUGUUUGGUUUCCCUUUCUUAGCUUUAGUAAGUCUAUAAGGCUGGCCCAGGGCCCCCCUUCAAAUCAGAGAUGGGUCCAAUGCCAUGGAAGUCAUCAAAGGAACUCAAAAUGCCUGUCCUACCCCUGCAGCCAAGUGUGUUGGGAUUUUGUCAUUGCAUGAAUGAGGAGCAUGAGUUUUAACAAAUUUUGAACUGCUCACCCAACUUCAGCUUAUCUUAAUUCCUUUAAACUCACAUAUUCUCCCAUAGUCAAAAUUAGAGUUGUAAAUCAGCACAAAACAGGAUAACAGCUGCUCCUCAGUCAGCUGGUAGCAACUCAGUAGCCUGACAGGCAAAGAAUAAAUGGGUGAUAUGUCUCUGUUUAAAGGAAAAAAAAAAUGGCUCCAAAGCUGUUAUAUUCUCACUUCUUCCUCCAAUAGAAUCUGAUCCAAAAUGAUGAUGUCAAUCAAAAUCCCAAAGAGUGGAGCCCUACCCCAAGAAAAAUCAUUUUAAGAUGGAAAUCUAAGAGUAGCAUAGGGAACCCAAUUGCCAUUCAUACAUUUUGGGGUAUCAGGUAGGUAAUUUAGACACACUUUGUAUUUUUAAAGGCAUUUACCCACUCUCUAGUUUUGAUCUUAUUUUUUUUUCAGUACUGGGAUAUGUAUAUUCCUAAAUCCACUACUAUGUUUUCUCUAGAAAUCACAGGUUUAAAGCACUGUAAUGCUGCCAAAAUUGCUCACUGCAAGUUAACGAAAACUGAGUCAUGUGUCUUCAUCAAAAUCACUGUGUGCCGUGGGACACAGCAGCACCCACUGCCCCGUAAAUGGAAGCAUCUCUAAUUCCCGCCAUCAGCUACCUCUCAUUUUUCCACCUUCAUCACCAUGCUCCAGGGUCACCCUGGCCAGCUCUUGUGCUGGGACAGGGGAUUACACCAUCUCUGUUCAAAGAGGGGGAAAUGUGCCUAUGCCUUAAGUCAAUGCACUCAGCAAGGAGAAGCACAUCCUAUUUAUCUUGUUACCUGUAGUUUAUUUUGGGUGAUUGGAGAGGAAUGGUUUAGUUAUGACUGGGCAUCAACAGCUGGUAGACACACCAAAUGGUUAACAGAUAUGGACUCUACGGAGCCCAGAGUGGAGAUGUAACUGGCUUAGACCGUCCUGGAUGCCAUUUGACAAGCAACGGCCCCGCAAUUCUAAAAUGAAGCCGUAUGUAUUGGCCUGAAUGUUUUUUUUUUUUUUCCUUCUUCAACGAGGUUCUAAUUUUUCUUACUUCUCAAGCAGAGGAAGGUUUGUCAUGAAAGAUAAAGAGGUUUGAUAUUUUUGAGGUGUCACUCAAGCAUCAGGCUGAGGUUGGAACACAUGGGUUGUCAAAGCUUGGUUUCUUGGAGGGUGGGAUGGCCAAGUGACUCAGCUGGUUUCUCCCAGGCUCGCUCCUCUCGUUCUUGCUUGGAUGUCAUGCAGAAGAUUGGGUUGGUCGAUCUUGGGGAAAUUCCAUAGUAUUGCUAAGUUAGUAGUACUAAGGUCUAAAAAUGAAUACCAUAAAAGACAUCGGGAUACUCUGGAUUGGGAUUACCAAUAUCCUGUUGGGUCACCCUGCCAGAAUCUGCAUGUAUCACACCCAGGGCUUUUCCCAGCCAGGAAAAAUCCCUAGUUGGAUAUUCAGAUCACCUACUGCAUAGCAUUCAGAUAAACCAUAUAGCUCACAGUAGAUUGUGGCUAAAUACCUUAGGACAGGUUUGUACUUGAAGCAGACAGACAAACCAUCUCUGCAUUUUGCCAUCUCACAUACAUCAUCUAUUGAUGAGGAGGAAACAAGAGUUCCCUGAACCUCUUUCCUCUGAUUUUGUUUUAAUCGUGACAAAUGUCUGAGAUGAGCACCUUGGGACGUCUAUGCCAAUCAAGAAGAAGAAACAUUGGUAUAGUCCUCUUGCAAAAUUUAAUUCUAAAGGUAAUCAGAUCACAAGUAGAAUUAAAAAAAUAAUAGCAAUCACGAUUAUAAAUGAAGUACCUUUGCGGGACACGGGAUAUGAAAGUCUGCCUUUCAUUUAUGUUAAAUGACCACAAUGUAUAAGUUAAUAAGCAGAAACUCCAGUGUGGAUGAAAUUAUGCAUUUCAGUUCAGACUUUAGAAUCUGGUAAAAUAUACUCAAAGAUCUUCAAUGUACUUUUUCCCCCCUCCCAAUGCCCUCUAAACAGAAUCUCUUUCCAUGGUCAUAAGAGAAAGUUUUAUUUGAAUUCUGGGGAAAAAAAUAGAUUUUACAUUAAAAUCUGCUAAUCCCUAAUUUUAAAAAACAAGAUUCUUUCUAAUCUUUGUAUAAAAUACCUGCUAGACAAUCACACUUUGGGGUAUAGUAAACACCUGGCAAUAUAAUAAAGAGUUCAAACAAUUCUUCAAUGUACUGGAAGUUCUAAUAUGAUACUAUUCUCUAGAUUUUUUAUAAAUGAAAAAAAAAUGAUCUCCAAAUAUGUUUAACAUUUAGUUCUAUUUGAUCUCUGCUUGAUAAGUCAUGAGAUUUCCAUCUUGGGAAAAACUUCAGUGUGAUGGAGGUUUUUGAAAGCCACGUGUCAAGGUGGAAACUUGACAUGUGGCUUUGUGAUUGUUUCGUUGCCCAAGAGAUAAACCUUAUAAACUUGAAUUGGCUUCCAACUUCUUUUAAGUCAUAUUCCCUUUGGAUAAUUUUCACUGUACAUCCAGCAGCCAUAGACCAAAGAUUGCUUGAGGUUUGACCCUAAAGCAAGGGUCAGCAAACUCUAACCUGGAGACCAAAUCUGAUUCAUUACCAGUUUUUGUAAAUAAAGAUUUAUUGGAACACAGCCAUGUGCUUUAAUUUGCAUGUUGUUUGUGACUGAUAUCACUCUGUGACACCAGGGUUGUCAGAACCCAUGUGGCCCGCUAAACAUAAUGAUGGCUAUUUGGAUCUUCAUGGAGAAAGUUUGCUGACCCCUGACCUAGAGGCCAUUUGUGGUAUAUGUCGGACAUAGCAGGAGAGAAAGCGGAUCCCCUAGUAGCCAGGGUAAGCCUGCAUUUCUGUGUGAGCAUGGGAAUAUAAAUACUUGGCAAACUAAUUUAGGAAGGAAGAGCUUCCUUAAAACUACAUGAAGAAAUGAUUCAUCUGUUGGAGAAACAUAAGAUCAGAGGAUUUGGGGGGGUCAGGGAGAAGAGAAUGAGGGGCAGCUUAGGUGAACAGGAAAGUUGUGAUAGGUCCUCUGAAUCUUUUCGGGGGAUUCUUAAUAAAUGGAUCAGCAUCAUUGUGUGACGAGAGGUGAAGCAGGGAUGCUAUGGUUGAAAUGGACAAUCUCUUUCCUGAAAACUCUUUCUGGAACUCUCUAAUCUCACACAGAAGUUCCCACUUCUCCUGCCCAUUCUCCAGAAAGAUGACCACACCAAGGUCCUUCACAGACUAUUUUUUUUUUACUUCAUUGUCUUUUUUUGGUCUCCGUUACCUUGGUUAUCCAUAUUUCCAAGGUACUUCAUGGUCCUCUAGCCCCGGCAUGCCUCAAGAAAUGGUCAGAAGGAAGGAUAACUGGAAGUAUCAGAAGAAGCAGGAUUUUAAUGUGUGUAGGAAGAAAAAUACAGGAAAAUUCUUUUUAUGAAGCCAUUGGUGAGAGGAACCAGAGUAAUGCCAGUUUGCUUUUGUUUCCAAGGAUCUCAGUAUUUUGUUCCUUGGUGCCAAGUGCAAAGAAAAAAAAAUCAAAACAAAACAUGUUUUGGAUUCUACUACUCUGCUUCUGUGUGGGAAAGCAGGUUCCUACCAGAAAUUCGUCUCUCCAAUCAACACCCCUUUUGCUAAUUGAGGGCUUUAUACUCAUUAUUUAAAAAAAAAAACAUGAGUUAUGAAUGACCCUCUGUAAGUAUGAGUAUUCAUGUUGGGGAGGAAGGAUCUUUUUAUUGAAAAUGAUCAUCAUUUACUAGUCCUUAAUUUCUAUCCAAUAAGAGGCACCUCAACCUUCCAUGUAGAUACAGUUGAUAGAAGAUUACGGGGGCAGCAGAAUAGAACAUGUUGCUUUUAUUUUAGGCAAAAGGUAGCGUGAUGUUUGGGUGCAAAGAGUAAAUAGAUACAAUUCAGCACCUGACCCUUUUUUUUUUUUUAAUAAGGAUCUAUGAAAGCUGAAAAUUUUUCAUUUAAGGAAGUCACAAACAACAUCAGUUUGCCCUCAUCCCUACCCCAGGAAAUGUUAGGUACAAAGAGGAUAAAGUAGCAAUUCCUUGAAUGACACGUUUGCAUGGUGCACCAGUAACCAGUGGGGAAAAAGUUAGAAUGAAAGAAACAACCUUAAAAAACAGGCCUUUUAUCUCCAAGAUAAAAUGUCCCUCUUGUGGUCUUUCAUCACUUUCUCCUUGGUAAAAAGUUCCCCCAGUUCCCACAUUAUUUCCAUUAAAAUAGUCAAAGCUACUGCAUUGGGAUGUCAAAUGCAUCCCUUUCUUUCUUUGUGCUAAUCGGAAUUUAAAAUUAUACAGUUGCCUCUGAAUUUCUCAUUCACAAAGCCAAACCACUGAUAAGAGAGAGAGCGGUGGGAAGCAGGGUGCUCCCAUCAGCACAGCACACCACGCAUCAGUUCGCAAGCACUGUGAUUUCUAUGGUCCUCAAAAGCUUUCUUUAUAAUCGAGUCCUUGAAAUUUCUCCAGGAAGGUCUGAAUGGCAAAGGGAAAAUAAUUACUUGUGGAAGGUCCUUUUGAGUGUUGUUAGAGCACAAGUGUAAAAGAAAACACCCCUUUUGGUGCACCCUAUGCUCACACACGUGGGCUUUCCCCCACCCUCCUUUUGUAGAUACUGAUGGAGCAGGAAAUUAGUAUCUUCCUUUGAGAGAAAAAAGCAAGAAUGUCAUGAGCCAUGCACUAGAAAGUGUGAUAUGUAACACAGUGUUAAAGAUGCCUUCAGAGCAUAGGUCAGCAGUCUCCCUCACACCAACAGCGAUGCUAACUACAGUUCCUUUACUUUAGCACAGCAACUGGUAAUAUUGGUGCCUCUUUUGUGGUUUGCAAUUGGAAGAAAACAAAGGAAAGAAUUGCUAUAAGUAAGAAGUAGUUUUGAGUCCAAAUCUACUUAUCAUGGUAAGAAGGCAGAGUAGUGUUCCAAACACCUCGUUCAGGAUGUAGACAUACUGGAUAGAAAGUGAGUUGAUUCUGCCUCAUCACUGAACACCCUAUAGCUGAGAUCAGCUAAGUAAAAUAUGAUUCUGCUCUCACUGGGAGAAGGGAGAAGAAAACAUCUGUUUGAUCUAAAAUCUACCCUGCAUACUUAGAAUUUUCUAGCAGGCACCAGUCCAAUGUCUUCGCAGCCUACUUCUACAUUUGGGAUUUUAGCAAAAUCAGAGAUAACUCAGAUAUCAUAAAGUGAGAAACUCUAAACUGGUCUGUUAGCUUACAUGGGAGGGCUACAGCAUCAGGUUGUCUGAGAGCAGGAAGAUGACAUUUGUCAACAAGAGAGAUGUCUCUUUAGUUUCCAUAUCCAUCUAAUUCACAGGAUGCUUAAGUCUUAAGGGUCAUGGAUUCUUUUUAAGAAUAGGACCACAGCUACUAAACUUCUCUGCAAAAAGAAUCAUAUCCAAAAAAAUUGCAUAAAAGGAGGUUUCCUUUGAUCCAAAGCCUUACCCUAAGACACAGAAAGAGUUUGAUUAUUUUCUCCUAUAAUUGCUUAAUUAAUAUUCACUGAAUAUGUAUUAUGUGCUAGGCACUAGGCUAAGUGUUUCACAUGCAUUCACUUAUUUCAUCCUCAAAACAAUCCUUUGAAAUGGGUUUCAUUACAGUUUCAAUGUAUAAAUGCAGGGAUGGAGCCAUGGAAAGGUGAAGAAACUUGUCCAAAGCCACUCGUUAGGAAAUGACAGAGCUGGAAUGUAGAUCUAACUUCUGACCACCAUACUAAGAAGUCACCAACAGGACAAACUAUGUUUCAAGCUGUUAGGAAGUAUCUUCUACUAGAUUUUAGAGUAGAUCUUCUUAAACAAAUGAGACUGCAGAACACUUAUCUCCCUGCUUUCUGUAGCUUCUCAUGAUGAUAACAAUCAAUACUAAAUUAUAGACCCAUGGGGUGAAGACCUGCCUGGAUAAUAGAAUCUAGAACCAAAAAAAAAAAAAAAUGUGUUUGCUCUGGAUGUAAUGCCUGUUAAGCCAGGCGCCUUAUCCUUUCAGAUUGUCAGCCUCAUGAUUAGGACACUGUAGUAGUAGUCUAUGGGUAUAUACAAAGCAGCACUCCUGCACACCUACCUUUUGUUCUCUCUUAUUUUAGGUGAGGUCUUUGAACCAUUUGGUUGUCAUUCUUCUCCACUUUUGUUUUUGGCAAAAGUAAAGGAAACAAUCAAAUAGAAUGGCAGUCAGGAGAGUGUCACUGUCCCUGUUCCUACAGUAAAACAAGACGAUGGAUACAGGGUUUGGUUAGCAUUGUCCACUCAAUAGCGUUGGAGCCAGUGGGUCACGUGGGCUCUGCCAGGGCUUGAGCACCUCAUCUCCUCAGCAGUCACAAAUGGGCUAUAUUCUUCCUCGUGUGCAGAAUUCUUUUCACCAAAGCUUUCAGGCCACAAUUCCCAAUUCGUCCAAGUUGGAAAUGAGAGCCAUUUGCCAAUUUUAUUUUAUUAUUUAAAAAAAAAAAAAAAAAACCCAGCACUCUUUAACCAGAGUAGGUCAUACACUGGCGUUCCUAGAUUCAGCAAUGAGGGCUGGUGGCCUUCUAACCAGGAAAGGGGAGAAUGCGUGCACCUGAAGUUCAUUAGAACUGAAUAGCUUUGCAGCACUUUUAUCUUCUGAGUGAAGACAUUGGGCUUUGAACUGCUCGAGUUAAAAGACAAAGUCCUUUUGAAGAAUUAACUCAUCCAAGGACCCCCUGCCCCCAAGCUGAGAGGGCCACAGCCACAGGGCUGGUGAUCCAUCCUGCUGGUAUGUGCUUUCUAUACCUAUGCACAUACCUGAUUUACUGGGGGAAGCUGCAGAUCCACUCACUAUACCCAAAUACACUCAGCCCCUGAGACAUUUUUACCUGACUCAACCUCCCCAUAAAAACCUUACAACAGGAUGAGCUAAAAAAGGUUUAAGUCCCUGUUUCAGAGUCAGUCUGCCAGGGAUUUGCUUUCUAUGGGUGUAGAUGUUCAAAUGGCAAGCCAGGAAUGGAUGACUGUGAGGGUCUCAUGGAACCCACCUCACCAGGGCCAGAAAUCUGGCUUCCUGAAAGAGGGGAGAUUCUAGCAAAGUGAAGGGAACUGUGUGCACACUUGAAUGUCGGUGACACAAAAUGAAGAUAAUUGUUAUCCAGUGUUUUAGGGAUGGGGGCUGAAGUUUUCCACAUGUAACCCACUUUUCCUGGCCAAGAUUUUUCCUUUUGGAGUCCAUGAAGGAGCAGAGGUACCUCUCAAGGAGGUCAUAUUUGAGAAAGAAAAGGCAGAGGCCAUCCAUCAUGAUAUGGCUAGACGUACUUCGGGAGAAGCCAGAUUCUGGUGCUUUUAAUAGGAAAAAAAUAAAUAAAAGAGGUCAUAGAAGUCCCAUUGGCUUGGGAAUUCUGAAUUUUUUAAAAAAGGAGACCCAUUCCCAUGAAGCACUGGAGGCCAGCCUCUGUGUUAUUUUUUGGUUUGGUUUUGUUUUUGCUCUGGGUUUGGGUGUGAUGUAAGAAGAGCUUUUUAGUUUUGUUUUGAAUAACAUCAAUCCUUGCACACUCUAUGCAAAAAUUUUGUAAGCAUUGCAAUAAUGCUAUGAAUUACAAGGAACUAUUUUAACUUUAUUACGCUUUCUGUAUAAAAAUUUGUAUUUAAUAUUAUUUCAAUUUCAGUCUUGUAAAAUAUAUUAAUAAAAAUAAUGAUUGUUAAGAAGGAAA